GAAAGCGUGCCACUCGGUCCAGAUCGAUCUGGGGUGCGAUGGCGAAGAGGACUAACGGCGUUAUGUUCUCCGUUAUGGUGGCCGUCAUCUCUCUCAUUGCCUACACCGGCGCUGCUGCUUCGAGAGAGGAGACCUUCGUUCGGAAAACCGUCUCUUCUCAUGACAUCGUCAUCUUCUCCAAAUCCUAUUGCCCUUACUGCAAAAGGGCGAAAGCUGUUUUCAAGGAGUUGAAAAAGGAAGCCUAUGUCGUCGAGCUAGACCAGAGAGAUGACGGGAGAGAGAUCCAAGAUGCCUUGAGUGAGAUCGUUGGUAGGCGUACUGUACCUCAAGUGUUUAUCAAUGGAAAGCACAUUGGUGGCUCAGAUGAUACCGUCGAAGCAUAUGAAAGUGGGAAGUUGGCUAACCUUCUUGGGCUCGCUUCUGAAGACAAUGAUGACCUUUGAAUCAAGAGCCGACAGAUUCCGGGAGUAGAUUAACAUGGAAGGCUCAUGUGCCUUUUUUCCCCUUAAAAGCUGGGAGUAGAUUAGUUUUGUAUCCGGUCGACAUGAAAGCAAUCUUGAAUAAGAAAAAUUAUAGCAA